AGCAGGGGCUAUUUCAUCCAGAGGAUGAGGGGGCAGCAGAGUGUCAGCAUACUACGACGGGCCUUUAUGCGACUGAUAAUUGGUGUCACUCAUGAUCACACUCACACACGCAUUCACAUACACACACACACACACACACACACACACACACACACACACACACACACACACACACACACACAACAUUCAAAAUUUAAACCGAAAUCAAUGAGCAAACCAACUGCAACCGUUUUUGGGUUGAUUUUUAAAAGAACAGAGAGAAAGAACAAGUACAAUGGUGCGACUCGCGUUGUUGCCUAACCAAAAAACACACGAUCUUUUGGAAAUAAAUAAAAGAAAAAAAGCAUGACAGCAUGUGGUCAAUGGGCGAAUCCUAUUCACUUUAUCCCGAAAGCAGCGCCGGAGCCGGUGGCGAGGGGGAAGAACAGGGGCAAGAGCUGGAGAGGAUAGGUGGCCAGUUUCACGCAGGCAGCAUGUUUUCGUUUGGCGUUUCGCAACGUGGCGCCAAGAAGCUCAUCUACGAUCGGUACGAGUACAUAAAGGAUCGCGAAUUUCCGCUCUCCACCAAUUGGCGGUGUGCCCUGUUUAAGCGUUACAAUUGCCGUGCCCGGGCCAUAACCAAGGUGGCUACCAUGCGGCCAUUUUCGGUAUUACGAGACGAGGGCACCAGAUGCUGCUGUACCGUGGGCAUCGUUACGUGCGCGAGAAACAGAAGGGCGACAUUUCGAACUGGAAGUGCUCGAUGCAUUCCAAGUAUCACUGCAAGGCGCGUGCCGUCUCGCGCAAGCGCAAUGGACGGGAAAUGAUGCGCCUCACGCACGAGGAGCACACGCACGAGGUUUUCCCGGAGAAUGUGGGAAAAAUGAAAUAUUGAAAUAAUAAAUCAACACCAAGCGUU